GGAGGCUUCAAGUAGGGAUGUUGCUAAGUGGGCACCUCGGACCCAGUUGACUUUCCCUUCUAUGAUCUCUUCUCGUUCCCCUACUUCUUGUUCUGGCGUCUCCUCGCAUUCGAUCUUGUUCCUCACCUAUCCAAUUCCGAAAUCCUGAGCUGGAUUGAGUAGAUCGUAUGUGUCUAUUUGCUGGCCGAUUGUGAGUCAGGACUCAGGACUCAGGAGGCGAGGGACAGAGCUAGCUAGCGUUGUAGUAAUGUUUCCUGGAGGAGGAGGAGGAGGCGGCGGAGGGGCAAGCCAUUACUUCCUCCAGAGCCAGCAGCAGAUGUUCCAUGCCGCCCUCGAUGCAGAUGGCAUUGGCAUGGACUCGUCCUUCAUGGGCGCGACCGGCGGUGGCGGUCUGGCGGCGCCCGACACGCACGCGCACAGCAACGCGCUGCUGUACAACAUGUCCGUGCUCAGGGACAAGGUGCAGCAGCUGCAGCCGCUCGUGGGCAUCGCGGUCGGCCACGACGGCCGCGGCCACGUCGACCCCGUGGUGCCCGGCGCCAGCGCCAUCAUCCAGGAGAUCAUCGCCGCCGCGUCCUCGAUGCUCUACGCUUUCCAGCACCUGUGCGGCGGCCUCGGCGCGUCGUUGACAUCCGUUAAUAACAUGGCGCUGGCGCUGGCGCAGGAGGGCGCCGUCGUCGCCCAUGACAAGAACGGCGCCGUAGCGGAUGUCAACGCCGGUGCAGGGUGCAGCGGCCAGCAGGCCAUGGACCAAGCCAUGCACCAGUGGCAGCAGCAGCACCAUGGCGGCGGCCACGACGAAACCUACUACGAGAUCCACGGCAAGUCGACGACGGAGACGGCCGUGUCGUCGUCGGUCACGGCGUUCGACACUAUCAUCAUCGAGCUGGACGCGGCGGAGCUGCUAGCUAAGUACACGCACUACUGCCAAGUCUGCGGUAAGGGUUUCAAGCGCGACGCCAACCUGCGCAUGCACAUGCGCGCCCACGGCGACGAGUACAAGAGCAAGGCGGCGCUGGCGAACCCGCUCACCAACAAGCUCGCCGGCGAGGACGCGGCGGCUGCUGCUGUCGAGGCGGCGGGGAGGAGGAACAAGUACUCGUGCCCACAGGAGGGAUGCCGGUGGAACCGGAAGCACGCCAAGUUCCAGCCGCUCAAGUCGGUGAUCUGCGUCAAAAACCACUACAAGCGCAGCCACUGCCCCAAGAUGUACGUCUGCAACCGCUGCAACCGCAAGCACUUCUCCGUCCUCUCCGACCUCCGCACCCACGAGAAGCACUGCGGCGACCACCGCUGGGUCUGCUCCUGCGGCACCACUUUCUCCCGGAAGGACAAGCUCGCCGGACACGUCUCCCUCUUCGCCGGCCACGAGCCCGUCGUCGUGCCCAUGGGCGGCAGACACGGUAAGAAAUCCUCGUCGACGUCCACCGCCGAUCAGCUUAGAAACUGCACCGGCGGCUUUUCCAUUACAUGACGACAUAUAGUGUUGUGUACGUGCUUAAUACUAUGUUGUCAUCGUCAUUGUACAUACCUACAGGCCCAUGAAUUCAUUGUGUAGAUAUAGUAGGGCUGAAAUACAGCAUAUAUAAGGAAUACGCAGGAAAUUAAUUAGGGCAUCAGUACUGUCAGUGACAAUUCAUAUGCAUAAGGUAAAGCUAUUUGUUGUGAA